CCCGGCCCCGGCACUGAGCUCGACCCCGCCGCCCCGUCGCCCGCCCGCGCCGUGCUCGACUCGACCAACGCCGACGGCAUCAGCGCCCUGCACCAGGCCUGUAUCGAUGAGAACCUGGAGGUGGUGCGCUUCCUGGUGGAGCAGGGUGCCACGGUGGACCAGGCAGACAAUGAGGGCUGGACGCCCCUGCACGUGGCUGCCUCCUGUGGUUACUUGGACAUCGCCAGGUACCUGCUGAGCCACGGGGCCAACAUUGCCGCUGUCAACAGUGAUGGGGACCUGCCCCUGGACCUGGCUGAGUCUGACGCCAUGGAGGGGCUCCUGAAGGCAGAGAUCGCCUGCCGAGGUGUGGAUGUGGAGGCAGCCAAACGGGCUGAGGAGGAAUUGCUACUUCAUGACACAAGGUGCUGGCUGAAUGGGGGCGCCAUGCCCGAGGCCCGGCAUCCCCGCACAGGAGCCUCUGCUCUUCACGUGGCUGCCGCUAAAGGCUACAUUGAAGUGAUGAGGCUGCUCCUCCAGGCCGGCUAUGACCCUGAGCUCCGAGAUGGGGAUGGCUGGACCCCUCUGCAUGCGGCUGCCCACUGGGGCGUGGAGGAUGCCUGUCGCCUUCUGGCUGAGCAUGGUGGCGGCAUGGACUCGCUGACUCAUGCGGGGCAGCGUCCCUGUGACCUGGCUGAUGAGGAGGUGCUGAGCCUGUUGGAAGAGCUGGCCCAGAAGCAGGAGGAUCUUCGGAACCAGAAGGCAGCCUCCCAGAGCAGGGCCCAGGAGCCUCAGGGGUCCUCCAGCAGCAAACACCGAAGGAGCUCUGUGUGUCGUCUGAGCAGCCGAGAGAAGAUCUCCCUCCAGGACUUGUCCAAGGAGCGCCGGCCUGGGGGGUCUGGGGGACCCCCCAUCCAGGACGAUGAUGACGGAGAGGAAGGCUCCUCCGAGCCAACCCCUGCAGAAUCUAGAACCCUCAAUGGAGUAUCCUCCUUGCCACCCCCUAACCCUGAAGGCCCUGUGACUCUCGAGAAGGCCCCCUUCUCUAGGCACUUUGGCCUCCAGAAGACAGGGAGCGCUGGUGCCUUGGGCCCCGCAGAUAUGCGAGGAGCUGAAGGCACCCUUGGGGCCGGGCUGCAGCGCUCAGCUUCCUCCUCGUGGCUGGAAGGGACCUCCACUCAGGCCAAAGAGCCCCGUCUUGCCAGAAUUACCCCUACCCCCUCCCGGAAGGUGCUGGAGCCCUCUUCCCUGAUUCCGGAGCCCGAAUCCCCAGGGAAGCCAACUGUCCCUGCAGCCCCUGCGGCCCCUGCAGCGCCGGCAGUGGACUCCCGGGACCGCCGGAGGUCCUACCAGAUGCCUGUGCGUGAUGAGGAGUCUGAAUCCCAGCGGAAAGCUCGCUCUCGUCUCAUGCGCCAGUCUCGGAGGUCCACGCAGGGUGUGACUCUGACAGACCUGAAAGAAGCAGAGAAGGCUGCAGGGAAGGCCCCAGAACCAGAGAAGUCAUGUCCACAGAGCCUGGAUCCUCCCCGGUGGCUCCAAGUCCCUGGGGUUGAGAACUCUGCUGGCCCUUCCCAGAGAGGAGAGGCGCCUGACGGGCAGGGUCACAGAUCACAGGCCACCAGGGAGCACCGCAGAGUUGGCAAGGAGUGGAGGGGGCCGGCAGAGGGGGAAGAGCCGGAACUGGCAGACAUCAGCCCAGAAUCCAGCACUACCAAGGGUGGCCCCUCAUCUCGCAGGCAGCGGGACCUCAACCCAGAACCCCAUCCAGAAGCGGAAGAGCCUGACGGAGGCUUCAGGAAGCUCUACGCAGAGCUGCGCAGUGAGAACGAGAGACUUCGCGAGGCCCUGACUGAGACUACACUGCGGCUGGCACAGCUCAAGGUGGAGCUGGAGCGCGCCACGCAGAGGCAGGAGCGUUUUGCAGAGAGGCCUGCCCUUCUGGAGCUGGAGAGAUUUGAGCGCAGGGCCCUGGAGCGAAAGGCGGCUGAGCUGGAGGAGGAGCUGAAGGCCCUGUCCAACCUCCGGGCUGACAACCAGCGGCUCAAGGAUGAGAACGCGGCCCUGAUCCGUGUCAUCAGCAAACUCUCCAAGUGACUCCGGCAGGCCUUCCCCACACCUGCAUUUAUACAGCUGCUUCUGCCACACGCACCCCUUCCCCUGCGCGAACAUGAGUGACAGGGCUCCCAGGGGAAUCUCUGAGAAGCCAUAACCUCCCCUCGGGACUUCCAGACUGGGAGGGGAGGACAGAGUCCCCAGGAGCCAAGGGGGGCCAUCCACGGUCAGGAUGGAGGUGGGAGGCUGAGCCAGGUAGGGGGACAUUGCUGAGGGGGGACCAGUGCUGGAGGUGGAACCAGUAAGGAACCAAGGACCAGGGAAUGCUAGGACCAGAGUGGCUGUCCGGAGGUCCCCUCUCACGUGCGAUGCCACCCAGUCACCCCUCCCACUCCUGAACAGGGAUCCGAGAAUGUGCCAAGAGUCCUGCUGGCCUCGGCCAGGUGGGCCUGUAUAUAGGGUCCAUGUGCAAUAGGGAGGGACGUCUUCUAUUUUUUGCUGCCCCCUCCCCGCCCACCCUCCGGGGCAGGGGGAGAAGGUAUUUUUGAGACAAAGCACAGGCACCACAAAUAAAAGUCGUGAAGUUGCCA